AUGUUUCACGGAACCGAACCGAACAGGGUUUCACAGAUGUCCAUCUACGUUCGGGGGUCGGGGCCAACCUGUUCGGAUUCGGAUUCGCUGAGGGAACCUUCGUUACAAGCCAUGGAGGCGUUAUCUUAUAUCGCGUACACGCUUGCCGUGGCGGUGGUCUUGGCGUUUGGCCUGGGCGCGUGCGCGUAUGCGGCGCAUCGAGAGAAGCUGCAGGGGGGGCCCGACUCGCCUGAUUUCUUCCUCACUGCGCGCCGAUCCGUCAAGACCUCCAUGGUCGCAUGGUCGUUUUUCGCGUCGGCGAUGGGGUCGUGGGCGCUGUUCGGGCCGCCCAGCUACUGCCUGACGGCGGGCGCGACGGGCACGGCGGUGUACGCGCUGUGCGCGGGGCUGCCCGUGCUGCUCGUCGCGUGCGUGGGCGCGGAGGUGCACCGCCGCGUGCCGAACGUGGUCUCCAUGGCCCACUACGUGCGCCGCCGCUUCGGCCUCCCCUUCGUCGUCUACAUAUCGGUGUUAGCGGUGGGCAACAUGAGCGUGGCGAUGGCAGCGGAGUACACGGCGCUGGGCGACCUCUUCCUCCACCUGCUGCGUGCACCGCGCCUGCCCAUCGUGCUGCUCGUCGCGCUCACCGCCAUGCUCUACACCGCUGCAGGGGGGCUCUACGUCUCCAUUGUCACCGACCAGUGGCAGGCCCUGGCGAGUCUCAUCGUGACGGCGCUGCUCACAGCACACGUGCUGCUCAACUUCCCCUCGCCGCUGCCACCUCAUUGGGGUGGGGGAACCCGCGGGGGGUGGAGGCGGUGCUCUUCAUGCCGCUCUCACUGCUCGCCACCACACUCUUCAACGAGGCCAUGUGGCAGCGGUGAGACGCGGUGCCACGCCGUGUCACUUGCUCAACCCUCUCCACCGUAUGUCUCUUCCCCCCUCCUGUCUCAUGCAUCCUCCCCUCGCGCACGUCUCUGUCCCCGUCCCGCCAGCUGCUGGGCGUCAGCCAGCCCUGCGGCGCUGCUGUGGGGGGCAGCGCUGGGAGCCGCCGCCAUCACGGUCGUUGUGGGGCUGCUGGGCUUUGCUGGUCUGCUAGCAGCGUGGAGCGGACUGUACGAGCCGGAAGGCCCCCACGACAGCGGCAAUACGAUUCUCUUCUCGCUGUUCCGCGGGCACCCGUGGGCGCUGGUGGCGGUGGCGCUGCUGGCCGUGACCAUGAGUGAGUGCGCCGUCGACUCGCUGCAGAAUGCCACCGUCGACGCCGUCGCUGCCCUCCUGCUCGACCCCGCCGCGCGCUGCAACGACAGCAGCUGCCUGCGAGGCAAGGAGGGCCGGCAGGGGACUGUGCAGCGGCACGAGGAGGCAAGGCUCACACAGGGCUUCAAUGUGCUACAGCUCUUCCUCCUGGUGAACCUCAUCAACACCACGUCCUUCCUGCCCCUGCUCCUCGGCGUGCUACAAGGCCCCCUCUCCCGUGUCUGCAUCACCCCUGCAUCAUCCGCAACUGGCUGUGCCUCUGGCCUUGUCGCUCUGGUUGUCUGGGCCAAGGCACAGCAGCGCCCAGGGGAGACCUAUGUUGAGUCUCUCGCCAGGACGUUUCUUGAUGCAUACGAUUAUCCUCCCUACCUGCUUGCUGUAGGGUUCUCUGCUGUGGGGAUGGCUGUAGUCAACAUGGGGUUCGUUCCCGAAGGUCCGUCGGAUUCCACGCCGCUAAAGCCCCACAGCGAGUCAUCCGAAGCUCCCCCGCACGGCAGCGCAGAUGCCGCUGCGAGCCCCGCGCCAGCCGCCGGCCAGCCCGCCUUUCAGUUCGCCCACCACCCGCACCACCCCCCCGCAUGCGGGGCGUAUCCGCCGCAGUUUCCGCCUCCUCCGGGCUACCCGGCCGCCGUGGUGGUGGUGGCGCACGGGGCGGCCGGCGGCGAGUUCCCCGUGUUCUCCCCGGCGCCCAUCCCCGGGCUCUACAUGCUGCCGCCGCGGGUGCCGCCCGCCGCCGAUCAAGUCAUUCUGGGCUACGAGACCUGCGCGCCGCCCACGGGGUGCUGCGCGGUGCAGACGCUAAGCGGCGUGGGGUGGCUGGCGACGAUCGUGGCGCUCAUCUUCUGCUGGCCGCUCGCCUGCCUGCCCUGCUGCAUCCCACAGCUGCACGAGACGUGCCAGCGCCCCGUGUUCGGCUACCCCCCUGCUGCUCCCGCGCCUGGCUUCCCUGCCGCCCCCCUCUGA